CUGGAACCUUCCUUCAACCGCGAGUCGCUUAAAAAUCAGUCCGCGACCGCCUUCCGCGCGAGAUACGUCCGCGUGAUCACCUUGGGUGCAUCUCCGGUCCCAGCGUCAUGAUGAAGGAGAUUUUAUUCUGCUUGGCGCUUGUGCUGGCCUUGCACGUGGCCGCGGGGCAUGUGUGGAUCGGGGGUCCUCCCGGGCCGCCGAUACCUUACUACCCGCCGCCCCCGCCGCCACCGAUACCAUUCUAUCCGCCGCCACCGCCGCCGCCACCGCCGCCGCCUGGGUUCGACCCUUGGUUCAGACCGUGGAGGACAUCUCGCAUCAUACUGGUGCACCGCCCUGUUUACUACUAACCGACCUGAUAUCACCUCUGACACCAUCUAGCGAACACCGUGAACAUGCUCAAGAAAAUAAAAAAAUUAAAAAAAGUAAAAUUAAUCAUGAAAAUUUUAUUUUAUUAUUAAGUUUUAAGUUAAAAAUCUUUUUAAAAAGACUACAUUUCUUCUAUUUAAUUUUGUAAGUUAGUUUAAUGUACAUAAUUUAAAGUUGAAAUAAAUUCAUAUGCAACUACAUAUUAAACCAAAAGGAGUUCAAAUUAUUACCGUGCAGGAUUUUUUUUUACUUAUGCCUGUAAACGAUUGAAUAUUUAUGAAUUAAUAGAAAUAUUUAGACUUGUCUUAAAAAUAUGACUUUGUAUACAAGUGUAGUUCUUAUAAUACUUAUUAUCACUGUUAAUUCUUAAGUACGCAGUCGUAAACUAGACGCUAAAGCACUUUCGCUGUUUUGCUCGAAGCUGUUUUGAUUCGUCGAUUAGCAUUAAUGGAUUAAGACUGAAUGAUGGCAACAAACCCAAAAACGAAAUGUGUUUAAUCUCUACGCGAAUUAUCAACCUGUUUGCGGUGCAUCUGAUGUGCAGCCACGUAGCAUUGGUUUUUAUAAAAGUGGUGAAGUCACUUAUAUUGUGGAAGUGUGCAUGUAAUUUGACCAGUAUUUACUUAAUUAUCAGAAGGUUAUUCACAUAUGCAUCUCCGAGCGGAUAUUGAUAGUCAUACUUAACCUUGGAUUAAACGCAACAUCCCGAGUAAAUGAUCCAAGCUUAUUUUACCACAACUAUUGAAUUCGUAUUUUAAAACAAACAAAAAUCCGAAAAAAAUAAUACAAAGAAAUUCAAAUAAGCUAAAAGAACUUAAUGCUGAAAGGUAAAUAUUAAUAUAAAAAUGUACAACAUAUAUUUACAGUUGGCUGAGUGCAGUAUUACAACUUUUAGUACCUAGAUAAACUGUCAUUGUAAUGAUAUUAUAUACAAUGAAAAAAAAAUCACUUAAUAAAUCUAUAUCUUUCUCAGCUAAAAUUAUAUAAGGCAAUAAAAACUUUUUUAAAAAA